CCCGGCAUCCUUGUGUGUGUGGUCAGUGAGCCGUGCGGAGGACAGUGAUGGAGAAGGGGAUUACCGGGGGGGCGAGUACAGCCGACCGACACAGGGACCGCUGACCUUCCCGGGAGACGGAGGAGCGAGGAGCCGGACAGCACGGUGAAUUGACCUCAAACAGACCAAAUAACUGGCCAUUCUGCUGUCCAGGGUUGACUUACAACUUUACUAGAUAGAGGGAUAGGACUGACCCUACUGACUGAGGAGAAACAGGAAGUGAGAAAUUCAGACAAAGAAAAAAAACAUUUAGAAGGGAAUUUGAAGGAAAAGAAUUUGCACUCCAUUUGAAGCUGGCUGAUCAGUAACAAGCACAAGAACCAAUGUUUGGCUUCCUCUGAAGGAUUUUGAAGAAAAACGUCUAUGAACCAUGCCGCUGGUCAAGAGGAACAUAGAGCCCAGGCAUCUGUGUCGGGGAAUUGUGCCAGACGGGAUCACCAGUGAACUGGAAUGUGUGACCAAUAAUACACUUGCAGCGAUCAUCCGACAGCUAAGCAGCCUGAGCAAGCAUGCUGAAGACAUAUUUGGCGAGUUGUUUAAUGAGGCGAACACUUUCUACAUCAGAACAAAUUCUCUUCAAGACAGAAUUGAUCGGCUUGCUGUCAAAGUCACCCAGCUGGAUUCAACAGUGGAAGAGGUUUCACUCCAAGACAUCAACAUGAGGAAAGCUUUCAAAAGUUCCACCACCCAGGACCAACAAGUGGUUUCUAAGGAGAGCAUCCCUAACCCAGUGAAAGAGAUCUAUAAUACCAGUGAUAAACCUCCUCCCCUUAACAUUCUCAGUCCAUACAGAGAUGACAAGAAAGAUGGCCUGAAAUUUUACACCGACCCGUCAUAUUUCUUUGACCUUUGGAAGGAAAAAAUGCUGCAAGACACUGAAGAUAAAAGAAAAGAGAAAAGAAGACAGAAGGAGCAAAAGCGUGUGGAUGGCACCACCCGUGAGGUGAAGAAAGUCAGAAAAGCCAGGAAUAGACGCCAAGAAUGGAACAUAAUGGCCUUCGACAAAGAACUAAGACCGGACAACAGACUGUCUCCUAAUAUUUACCAAGGAGCCUCUUCUGAAGGAUCCAUGUCACCCGAUACUAGGUCACAUGUAUCAGAUCUUACAGAAUAUUCCUACCCUGCCACACCAAACCACUCCCUGCACCAGCAUUCCAUGACACCAACAUAUGUUGGGUCAGGAGAUUCACUGCAUCAUGUAGGUGCUAAUCAGGUUCAUGAACACGACUUCCGCUCCUCAACUGGAACACUAAGGCAUGGCACUUUAAACAGACCGCAGCAACCGCCACCACCUCCCCCACCAACAAUGGAUGGACUGCACCCACCUCCACUAGUAUCCUCAGAGUGCAGGAGAGUGCUGCCUCCUCAGAUGAUGGAGUAUUACCCCACGGCAUCCCCACCCCCGCCUCCACCCGUUAUUCCUUCAGCUCAGACUGCCUUUGUUAGUCCUCUUCAGCACCCGGUUCCAGGAUCACCAGGGGGACAGUUAUCUGGGUCUCCCUACGCAGCAUCUCCUCCUCCUCCUGUAAACAGUGCUUCGGCCUCACCUGGACCUCCCCCUCCACCACCAGGACCUCCUGCACCUGUCCUAUUUCACUCUUCAUCUCCAAUGCACUUUGCCAAAGUACUGGAAGCAAAGCGGCAUGAUGGUGCUCAUAUGCUUGGCCUGACCAGCGAUGCCCGAAGCGACUUGUUGUCUGCUAUCCGCAUGGGAAUUCAGCUGAAAAAGGUACAAGAACAGCGUGAACAGGAAGCCAAGCGGGAGCCAGUUGGAAAUGAUGUAGCAACCAUCCUUUCCAGACGGAUUGCUGUUGAAUACAGCGAUUCUGAAGAUGAUUCAGAAUUCGAUGAGAAUGACUGGUCUGACUGAAAACGGAUUAUGAAAAUGUUGUCAUCGGGAAGAAACUUUAGGCGUACCUGUCAGGAUCUGCCAGUAGUAGCACAGCAUCCAAGUUAUCAGGUCUUCUGUAAUGAUAGGAACUUGCUCAGCCCCUUCUGUGUCUCCCUAGACAGGGUCGCAUGUAUGCAGGGGGGAAAUUCCAUGAUAAAAGGUUCCAGGAUGGCCUGUGCUGACAAGCAUGUCAUUUGCAUGCUUCAGCCAUAGGUUAAGUAAGACGCAUGACAGGUAUAAUUUAGCUAAUAUAGAACAUGAACACUGAAGUCUAAGUUGUAAUUCUAAUGGGCAUUACAAGAUUUUGUAGCCAGAAGUUUAUAAGACUAACACUCCCACAGUAUAGAAUUUAUUGGAAACUCAGGGAAAUGAAGGUGACAGUACUUGGAAUAGUUAAUAGCGUAAAAUAUUAAUGAUAGUUCUUAAACAUGUGUAAGCGAUUUUCCAUAAAUGUAUCCUACUGAAUAUGCAUCUGAAGAUAUACAACAGUUUACGCAUUGUGACAGAAGCCAUUUGGUGGAAUGAUCCUGUAUUCAUAUACUGACAAGGAACGGAAAUGUCUCAAGGUCAAGCUUGGGUGGUCACCUGCAGAUAUCAUUGAAGAUGAAAAGCACACACCAGGAUAUGUAGUUCAGUAUAUGCCUUUAUCUAUUAAGAGGUGGUGGCAUAUCAUGCAUGGGUUACGGACGCUUGCAUGGGUCACAGUGAGGCCAUGUAACAUCGCAUUUGUGAGCCUACAUUAAUUCUGUAUAUGGCCUUUUCUUUUAUCAUAGCCUAGGUCUCAAGAAAACAGUGAGACCGCAACAUAGUGCAAAUGUCCUCCUAUUUCCCAGAACAGACACCUAUGUGGAUCUUAUUACCCCACAAGACUCCUGCAUAUUUGCACUACACUCCAUGUUCCCUUAAGCUUCACUUACUUUUCGGAGUUGUGUGGCUUCUGUCCCAUUUGGACUCUUGACUCGAGUUGGAUGCAGACUUGUCAAAGAGGCAUUAUGCAGGACACUUCCUAGUGGCAAGCAGUGAAGCCAC